AUGGAAUCUUCGAUAUCCCCUUUACUGCUCUUAAUCCCUUCAACAAAAACUUAUUUUCUUCUCUUACUACAAAUCCCACUUCAAGUCUCAGUCCAUGGCCUCUUCCAUACUCAUCUCCACCGUGGAAUACCCACCAAUGUAACAAAACACCUUUACUUCCCAAAUUUCAUACCAAACCCGACCACUAACCACAUUAAACUUCUAGGAAGUGCAAUAAUAUCACAAGACAAAGGCUUCAUUCAAAUUCCUGAUCCAUCACCAACACUUAAUCAUUCAUACCAAUCAGGCCGUGCCAUCUUCUCCUCCCCUAUCCGCCUCUUCGAGCCCCUAACUCUGGCUCCCGCCUCCUUCAAUACCACCUUUUCUUUUCAUUUCACUACCGACAAGGAGUUGGUAGCUAAGAAAACUAAAGGAGGGAAUGGCCUAGCCUUUGUGAUUGUCCCAGAUGAGUUUACUGUGGGGAGACCAGGCCCAUGGCUUGGGAUCCUCAAUGACGCAUGCGACCAUUACAAGGUUCUCGCUAUUGAGUUUGACACUACUCGUGACCCUGAAGUUGGUGACCCAAAUGAUGAUCAUGUUGGCAUCAAUCUUGGCAGUAUUGUUUCUUCCAAGGUAGCUAAUUUAUCACAAGCUAAGGUUUCGUUGCAUGAUCACUUGGUUCUUAGAGCUUGGAUUAAGUAUGAUGGUUAUAAAAGAUGGAUUGAAGUUUCUCUUGGUUUAGAUGGAGAUGAAAUUCCCUUAAACCCAAUUUUAUCAUCAUCACUCAAUCUUGCUCCUUUCUUGAAUGAGUACAUGUUUGUUGGUUUCUCUGCUUCCACGGGGAAUUCAGCACAGAUACACAAUAUUCUGUCAUGGAACUUUACUUCUUCAAUUCAAGCUUUCCUUCAUCUCCCUUCAAAGCAUAUAUGUCAUAAAACUGUUGCCCGCCAAGUUUCCAAAUAUUCUAGUACUGCUGUCAACCACUCAAAUCCUCCAAGCAGUUUCUUAAUCUUUGUCUGCGUAGUUGGGCUAGUUAGUCUGACUUUGUUCAGUCUCUACUGCAAUAACAAGCCUCAAGGGGAGAGCUCAUUGGCUUCUGUUUUUCCUAAGAAGCGAAGGCCAGUGCCUCCAAGCAUACCUCGCCAGUUCACUUAUUUUGAAGUUUGCAGAGCUACACGCUGUUUUAGCCAAGCAGAAGUGCUGUCCAACGACUUAAGAGGGGUGGUUCUAUAUAAAGGAACUCUUGAAAACGGAUGUCGUGUGACGAUAAAGCGAAUCUCAACCAAGGUUCUGAAUUCUUUUCGCGUUGAAUGGAGGCGAAUCGUAAAGAGAAUAUUUUCAAUAACGAGUAUUUCCCAUCCAUGUUUGGCCUCAAUUCGAGGAUGGUGUACCGAGAAGGAGAUGAUUAUUGUAUACGAUUAUCAUCCAAACGGAAGCCUUGACAGAUGGCUUUUCGGACUCGGCGUUCUUCCUUGGGCACCGCGAUUCAAGAUCAUCACAGGUAUUGCUGAGGCACUGUGUUUCCUUCACUCAAAAGAACUAGUUCAUGGAAACUUAAAGACAAGCAGUAUUUUUCUUGGUGUUAACUAUCAACCCGUUCUUGGUGACUAUGAGUUCAAUCGUCUCCAGGGUGAUUCGGGAAAAUUUAAGAUAGUCUGUGGCAAGAAAUCUGAUGUUUUCCAAUUCGGAAUGCUUGUUUUAGAAAUUGUUGCAGGGAGAAGAAAAUUAGAGAGUGACAAAGAUAAGGAUCUGCUAAGUUUUGCAUGGGGAUUGCAUGAGAGAGGGGAGAAAUUGAAGGCAGUGGAUGAAAGAUUGGGACCAUGUACAAAUUGGGAACAAGCGGUAAGGGCUUUGGAAGUUGGAUUAAGUUGUACUUUGAGUGAAAAUAAUGGCAGGCCGUCUAUGGAAGAAGUGGUACAAUUCUUGAAUAUGCAGAAGCAGAUUCCUGAACUGCCUCUAAGUGGACCACCAGUCCGCUCAGAGUAA